CAGCCUGGAGCGGUCCAGCCUGGGGACGACCGAGCCCCGCAGGAGAGGAAGAGCUCCAGGAGGAUCUUCAGCAUCAAGGAGAGCAGCAUCUGGAGGAUGUGUGUGUCGUCCAGGGGGGGUGAGGAGGGCCUGGGCCCUGAUAGCAGCGUCCAGCCGGAGGACAAGCUGGGCUGUGUACUGCGUGGGAGGGAUGGAGGAGAGGGGCACAGCUGCCUCCCCAGUCCAGAGCGACUGGCGCCUUUCAACGGACAGAGUCUGAUUGAACAGGCCGGGAGGGAGGUGGAGGGGGGGAGGCUGCACACGGGCAGGAACAGCCAAGCUCGCAGAGAAGACAGACCUGCAGAGGGAACCUCCGUGUUUGAAGACAAGUCCCUGUGUCUGGGCAGGACCCCGGUCCCCCAGCACCCUGCCCCCCUCUGCCGAACAGACUCAGGACCCCUGACCAACAACAACCACCUCAAGCUGCCCAUCCCUGAGGUGAACGAGGAGAGAUGUUGGGAGGCAGAGAAUAUAGAGGAGGACCCUCAGGAUCAGACAGCCAAGAGAAACCGCUCCAACUCUACGAGCGUUCAUCCCUACUGGAUAGGAGAUCUGGACUCCAUCAUCCUGAAGUCGUCUGGCUCCUGUGCCAGCCACACACACGCACCGGACGAUGGUUUCUACGGCAACAGGAAGUCCCUGUCUCAGCAGCUUGAGUUUCCUCAGAACAACACACAGCUGGCUCCCCGGCCCUCUCGGUCCCUCAGCUCUGCCCACCUGGUCCAGUCCUGCAGCAGCGUCCAGGCCUUUGUCAUCUGCAACAUCGUCCUGGUGAAGGGGCAUGGCAAGGGUCUGGGCUUCAGCAUCGUGGGAGGAAGAGACAGCAUGUACGGACCCAUGGGGAUCUACGUGAAGACCAUCUUCCCUGGGGGGGCCGCAGCUGCUGAUGGCAGGCUCCAGGAAGGAGAUGAGAUCCUGGAUCUGAAUGGAGAGUCUCUGCAUGGUCUGACACAUGAGGAUGCACUUCAAAGGUUCAAACAAAUAAAGAAGGGUCUGUUGACCCUGGCUGUGCGGACCAGCCUGCGAGUUGGCGCCCUCUGUGGCCAGGCUCCGGUAGUGCAGCUGUGUAGGUCUCGUUCCCUCAGCUCCAGUACAGGCAUGGCUCAGCCCAGCGGGGAUCUGGGAGACUUCCACUACCUCAACGCCCUGCCUGAGAAACCAGGGGACCGCGUCAUGAUGGAGAUGACCCUGAUCAAAGAGGCUGGCGUGGGGCUGGGCAUUGGCCUGUGUUGUGUACCCUCCGUGGAUGGGUGUCCUGGCAUCUACAUCCACACCCUGUCGCCCGGGUCUGGGGCACACAUGGAUGGCAGGCUCAGAUGUGGGGAUGAGAUCAUUGAGAUCAAUGACACGGUGGUGUAUAACAUGGCCUUGAAUGAUGUGUACACAGUUCUGAGCCGCUGCCCUCCUGGUUCGGUCCAGAUCAUCAUCAGUCGACACCCGGACCCCAAAGUGUCGGAGCUGCAGCUGAACGAGGCGAUAGCCAGCGCCGUGGAGAGAAGCAAGCUGAGGAGGGAGAAGAGCCUGUGGAGCAUCGAUGGCCUGCGACGCCUGGAGCCCUGCUCCCACGGCAGGCAGAAGUGUGAGCGCUGUCUGGAGAGGAGCUUCAGUCAGCUGACCACCAGGAGGGCCCAGAAGACCAUGACUCGCUCCUGCAGUGACAGCACCCACACCCACACACACCACCGCUGCCCCGGGCCCGGGCCUGGACCUGGGCCCGGAUCCGGGAAGACUCACAACCUCCAGGUCCCGCACCACCACCCCCCCGCAAGGGUCCACAGUCUGGAUGUCCCCAUGGGCCCCAUGACUGAGUCUUGGUCUGAAAACAGGCUGUCAGCGCCGGUGUUCAUUGAGGAUGACUACAACGUCCCCUACAACUCCCCUGCUACACUCAACGGCCCGCAACCCCCAGACAUGGCCACCAGGGGCAGCAAGUCCAGACCGCAGGGCCAGGGCCCAGGGGCCCAGCGCGGGGGCAGCAGGCCCCCAGACGCCCCCAGUGCAGAGGGCUGGGUGGGGGACGCCAUUGGCUCCAGCAGAGGCUCUUUGGUCAGGGAGGAUGACUGGAGCCCCUCACACACCAGCUGCCAGAUGUUCACCAGCGUUUACAAGGCUCUGAGGAAGAUCCUGAGGUUACUGUUUAGAAGUGAAGGAGAGGGCGAGAGAGUGCACCCAGGAGGAAGCAAAGAAGCGGAUGGUUCGUCUGCCUCUCCUCAACACUCGCACCGUGCCAACGACAGACUACACACAGUGCCCCCGCUCGCCCCGGGCUCCAGACCCCUCCUGAGAAGACAGGGCCACGUGGAGCAGCUGCACGACCCCUGGGUUCGCAUCUCUAACUGCUCCCCAGAGCAGGAGCCCCACCCUCCAGACUCGCGGCAUCCAGACGACACACACCUCCACCAACACACUGCAGAACGCCAGCACAACAAACACACACGUACCCACAGCCCGGUCACAAUGGAUGAACGAGAGACCCCCUGUGAACCGAAUGACCCCCCUCCAGAGCCCCCUCUCUCCACCAGGUCCGAGGACCCCUCAGGGGAAAAGAAGGGGCCACCGGUGGCCCCCAAGCCCACGUGGGUCCGCCAGAGCUUGAGGAGCAUCCGUAAUGGGAGGGGCCAGCAGGAGAAGGACACGCCCCCGGAACACAGGGCCAGAGUGGGCGGGACCAGAACCUUCGGAGUGAACCUGAGGUCUGCCUCCUCUGCAGCCAACCUGUCUAUCAAACAGAAGAUCCACUCGUUCGAGACGUUCUCCAGCCCUGAGGGUGUACAGAACGGGAGCAUCAGGAGAGCACUGGGCCCCUCCAGCUCCCUGCCUCUCUUGGACAAGCCCAGGGCUGUCCCUGCCCCCCUGCACGCUGCUGCUGCCGCUGCAGACAAGGACAACGCUGCCCGAAGAGCCAGGGACGACCUGCCUUCAUGUGAAGAGGAAAAAGUGCAAAAGACCUCCUCCCCUCCCCCUCGAUCCACCCAUCCCCCUGUUUCUUCCUCCCCCCCUCCGUCUCCAGCCUCUCUCCCCGUCACAGCUCUGACCCCUGACCCCUCUCCCCCCGACUCCCCCAGAGUUCUCAGAGUCUCCCAGAGCUCCCCAGAACCAGAAGACCCUCCGACCCACGACCUUAGUCACCAGAGCAGCCCUCCAUCCGAGGGGGCCCCUCCCCCAGACGCAGACCCGGAAACGGAGCCCCUCAAUGGGGCUUCGGACUCCUCCGUGCCGCCCCUAGACCUGGCCCCCAGGAGGUCCAACAGCGCCAGGACAGAGAGUCCUCCAGCAGAGGGGGACGAGGCCCAGAGCCAGCUCAAGCAGGCCAGCCAUCGGACACGUAGCCUACCCCUGGGCACCUCCCCCUGCCUGGACAGCCCUGCUCUAAGGGGAGAGAGUCUGGGGAAGAUACUGUCCUUCAGCAACCAGGUGUCUCAUGCUUUUAUGCGCUCCAUGAACUCCCUGCCCCCCUCUCCCUCCCCCUGCCCAUCCAGCCUGGGUAACCCCUGGCCAGCCGGGGAUCCCCCCAGCCUCGAGGAGCCCGACCCAGCCCAGACCGCCCCCCAGAACCCUGGAGCGGACGGUGCUGAGAGGGGCUUCUCUGUCAGCUUGGCAGAGCUGAGAGAGUGCACCAUCGAGAGAGGGGAAGGGGCGGGACUCGACCAGGGGGACCGCCCACAAGCCACGCCCUCCUCAGCGUGCGCUCACUCUGUCAUCUCAGCCAUCCCCACGCAGGAAAUAAACCGGAUGAUACAGGAAGUGACAGCCCUGGAUGAGGAAACACUGAAGCAAUUUGAGGACAUCCAGGUGGUGAUCUUACACAAGGAGGAGGGAGCAGGGCUGGGAUUCAGCAUCGCUGGAGGGAUUGAUCUGGAGAAUAAGGCCACAACAGUCCACCGGGUUUUCCCCCACGGCCUGGCCGCCCAGGAAGGAACCAUAGAGAAGGGGGACGAGGUGCUGUCCAUCAACGGGCACACGCUGAGGGACGUGACCCACGCCGAUGCCACGGCCACGCUGCGCCAGACCCGGGCCCUAAGGCUGGCCGUGGUGGUGGUCUGCAAGAGGCCCGAGGCCCAGGGCCUGGAGGCCGGAGAAGCGAGCAGCGGAAAGCCCAACAACUCAUCCAUGAGCCAGCCAGAGGCCGGCUCCACAGUGGAGGAGAUGGGGGCUAGCGUGACGGUACAGCUGGAGAAGGGAGCCGGGGGGGUCGGAUUCAGCCUGGAGGGGGGAAAAGGCUCCAUCCAUGGAGACAGACCCUUGGUCAUCAACAGGAUCUUCAAAGGGGGUGCUGCAGAGCACAGUGGUCUGCAGACAGGAGAUGAGCUUCUGCAAGUUCAGAACUUUUUCCUCCAGGAAAUGACCCGCUUCGAGGCCUGGAACAUCGUCAAGGCUGUGCCUGAAGGACCCAUCACCGUGGUUAUCAGAAGGAACGGCGAGGAGACUGACUGAGCUGGACAGAGAUCUGACCCAAACCUUCAUCUAACCCUAACCCAGUCCUCCCUCUAACCCCAACCCUCUGACCCUAACCCAGUCUUCCCUGUAACCCCAACCC